UAGCAAGAUAUUAGUGUUCUUGAGUUUUCUUUGCUGCGCAGCAGUUAAAUUAAAUUGAAUACAUUCGGAGGCAAAAAAAGCCAAACUGCGGGUACAAAUCAGAAUUGAAAGGUUGCAUAGGCCCGCAAACCGAAGUCGCUGUUUCGUGGGGCGUGCAAUGUUCAGGAUCCAUCUCAAAAUGGGUCCGCAACGCAACCAGCUCCACAGCAACAACAACAACAAUGGGGCCACCGGAAGCAGCAGCACCGGAAAUCGGCACCUGAAGGAGUUUACCUGCUGCUUCGGCCUGCAUGUCCACACGGCCACCUUGAUGAUCGGAUUGUGGCAUUUGUUUUUGAACAUCUUGGCAUUGAGUGUUCUGGCAGUCAUAUGGCGCAAUCCCGAGAUGAUGGACGAACUGGAAGGCGGCAACCACGACUACACCGUGGAUCUGAGUGCACCGGCCCUACCCACGCCUCUGAGCAAGGUCGAACCACCCUACGCCUACCGUGACCACUCCUUCAACUAUCGUAAGCGUUACCAGAACUUUGACAUGGGCGGCUUGGUAUGCACCUGCAUGAUAGCCAUCACGCUGAUGAUGAUCUACGGCACCAUCAAGGGAAAGCCCUCGCACCUGUUGCCAUUCUUUUGCCUGCAGUUGUUUGACUUCGCCAUUACCACUCUCACCGCCGCUGGAUAUCUGUGCUACCUGCAGGCCAUCCACAGCAUCAUUGCCGAGUCGCAUCGCUUGCCAUGGCGCGAGAAGCUGCUGGAACUGCCGCCUGAGGAGCUGGUUGUGGUGGUUCUUGUCGUCUUCAUUUGCAUCGUUUUUCUCAAGGCCUAUUGCAUUGGUAUCGUUUGGCGCUGCUACAAGUAUUUGACUCUCCGUCAGCAACACGUUCGCACCCUUUUCCCCUUCUUGGAGCCGCCAACUGGAGUGCACAGUGUGGGUGGAACCUUCGGGGCCGAGGAGCGCUCCUAUUCCACCUUGUUGCCCAACUACGAUGAAGCUAUUGCCCAGUACUUGAAGCAGGCACCACCGCCGUCUUACCAGGUGGCCAUGUCCAAUUACGAGGAGGCCGAGGACGCAACGGCUGAAGGGGCAGAGGUUAAUCCCUCGGUGGCUCCCCUUUUUGUCGCCCUUGGAGCAGCCACCACCGCGAACGCAGCCUCUAACACGGAUGACAACAUGGAUAACAACAACGAUCAGCCGAACAAUAACAACACUAUGCAUGUCAACGCCAAUACGCCACCAAUGCGACGUAGCGAUGCUGCUGUGAAUGUCAAUGUCGACGAGGAUGAUGACGACCUGGAGGUGAUCGACGCUGGCGUUGAUGUAAUCGGGGGAAUUCCACCUCCGCCGCCCUACAAUGACGUGGCCGACGCCCAGGUGCAGGUGCCCUCGCAGUCGCCGCUGCACCGCCAACCCAACAUCCCGGGACAAGUAUUUGGUGGGCGCGACGAGAGCCAGGCCUAAGUUGUAGUUUGGAUUAGUUUGCUUCUCAUGGCGAGUGGGUUGUGAUCAUCGGUGAACACCCCUCCCCACAUCCUCCUCUUGCCCAGAUGUUCUGGUUUCUGGUCUUUCAUCUCACAGCUAUCAUUCCCAGGCACACAUACACGGUCUUAAUGGUUGCUUCAAUGUAUUGAUCAGUGUUUUUAGAGAAUCGAAACGCAAACAAGUAUUCGCUUUUAGCCGUCGCUCAUUAUUGUUGUUUAACGUACAAUUAAGAUGCUCUAGUUGCUGCUCAUUUAGUAAACUGAACAAGCAUUAAAACCAAAAACAUUUUGCGAUGCUGGCAAGGAAAGCUUCAAUUCCUUUUCGGCCGCAUCUGACCCGAACGUAGCUGCAACAAUUUGUUAGAACGUUUUUAUUUGGCCCGAAUUAGCCCGAGCAUUUCGGAUAGUGUAGGCCCAAGUAGUUGUUACCAGAGAGUGUCGCUGGCAUUGUAGACACCUUUACGAUGUUCUUUGUUUUAAGCUAUCUUGUAAGACUAUGCAUAUUGAAUACCGAGUACUGAAGUAACAUCGCAGGCAGACAUAAUCUAUUAAUUAUGAUGAUAUUAUCAGCAACAGUAAAGUUUUAUGUGUGUACAAUAUCUAAA